CUUACUCAUUUCGUUUGUCUUUUUCAGAUGCAUCCUUUGGGACUAUGCAACAACAAUGACGAGGAGGACCUUUAUGAGUACGGCUGGGUUGGUGUUGUGAAGCUGGAGCAACCAGAGCUGGACCCCAGCUGCCUCACGGUCCUGGGAAAGGCGAAGAGAGCAGUGCAGCGCGGAGCCACGGCCGUCAUCUUUGAUGUAUCUGAGAAUCCGGAUGCCAUCGAUCAGCUCAACCGGGUUGCGGAGGAUCCUCUGAAACGGCCGGUGGUUUACGUGAAGGGCAACGACGCCGUCAAGCUCAUGAACAUCGUCAACAAGCAGAAGGUGGCCCGAGCUCGGAUCCAACACAGGCCGCCGAGGCAGCCUACGGAGUAUUUCGACAUGGGCAUCUUCCUUGCCUUCUUCGUCGUGGUGUCGCUGGUUUGUCUCAUCCUCCUCAUCAAGAUCAAACUAAAGCAAAGGAGAAGUCAGAGCUCCAUGAACAGAAUGGCAAUCCAGGCGCUGGAAAAGAUGGAGACGCGCAAAUUCAAGGCGAAAGGAAAGGGUCUGCGCGAAAGCAGCUGUGGAGCCUCUGAUUCGCUGAGCAGCAGCUCCACCUCUGACUGCGCCAUUUGUCUGGAGAAAUACAUCGAUGGGGAGGAGCUGCGGGUGAUCCCUUGUGCUCACAGGUUUCAUAAGAAAUGCGUUGACCCCUGGCUGCUUCAGCAUCACACCUGUCCCCACUGCAGACACAACAUUAUCGAACAAAAGAAGGGAAACUCGGGUCCAGCAUGCAUGGACCCUGGCAGCUCGCUCCACGGCAGGCAGCGGGUGGUGCUGCCGGUCCAUUAUCCUGGCAGGGUGCACCGCGCCAGCCAGGUGACGGCAUACCCGACCAGAACCAGCAUGGACCCCCAUGGCAACCCUAUCACCGUUCUCACGGUGGACCAGCACUCGGACCCUCAAGGUCUGUACCCACCCCAGUCGACGUCAGCUUUCCUCCGGAGUUACCACCCCGCCCUGCAUCUGGAACAUUCACUCAACCCCCACCACUGCAGGUUGGAGCACCGCGGACCCCCCGCCUACUCCGCGCAGCAGCAUCACACCGCUUUUAAACGACCCAAGUUCCACGGUCGCAGCUUCUCCCGAGCAGCUUGUUUUUCCCAGUAUGAAACCAUGUAUCAGCACUACUACUUCCAGGGCUUGUCUUUCCCUCAGCAGCCAGAGGGGGCGCAAGGGCCUUUGGCUGGGCAGCUGGGAGGAGGGGCAGGAGCCCACAAGGGUCACCACAGCAGAGCCUUCCAGCAAGGACUCCUGUACCCCACAGUGGUACACAUGGCGCCUCCUUCUUCUUCACGGGUAGGGGACAGUGGCAGCACUUCUGGCCUGAGCUGUUACCAUGGCCACCGCUCUGUGUGCAGUGGUUACCUCGCCGACUGUCCGGGUAGCGACAGCAGCAGCAGCAGCUCAGGCCAGUGCCACUGCUCCUCUAGCGACUCCAUGUUGGACUGUACCGAGGUCAGCAACCAGGGGGUUUACGGAAGCUGCUCCACUUUCCGCAGCUCGCUGAGCAGCGACUACGACCCUUAUGUCUACAGGAGCAAGAGUCCCUGUCGGGGCUCCACGGGGGAACCGGGUGCUUCGGGUUGCACCACCGCCCCCGCUGAGGACUCACCAAUCCCUGCUCCACUGGGACAUGACUGCCUCCAGCUCCCGGCUGGCACAUCGGGAUACAACUCGGGGGACCAUCACUCCAACUGCAGUUUGGAGCCCAACUACAGCAGUCGUUCGUCACUGGAACCCAGGGAGAACAUUAACACGAGCACUACCUCAGCCGGGGCCCCAGAGGCCGCUGCAGCUGACAGGGGGACGGGGGCUCAGGAGGAGUCGGGGGAACUUGGGGCUGCAGCCUGUAGCUGCUGUUUUGAGGUGAUUCCUCCCAAUGCAGAAAGCAAAGGGCAGGACUUGGACCAAGCAGGGCCUGUAGCCUCGGGACACUGUCAACGGGGUGUAGACUUUCAGAGUUCCUCCCCUAAGAACUACUUCACACCCGAGCACUUGUAUCCUCCUUCUGAGCAGGUGAGCUAUGAAGGGCUGCCCUGCUGCUUCUACAAAGAGAUGAAGGUGCACAGGGCCGCGGCAGGACAUUACACGGAGGACUACGCCGUUAACGUGCAGUACGCACACUCGGACUCGGAUGCCUGCUCAGGACAGGGCUGCUGCGAACUCAACCACAGGAUACCCAUAAUUCCCGAGGACACAGACUGUGAAAUGGGUUUGGGGGCAGAGACCCAGAGCAGCUUUUUACCUGUGAGCAUAACAAUGGAGGCAGAGCUGCAGACAGGGGAGCACCAUGAGCAUAAGGAGAGGUACUUCCCCUCAGGACAGCUGGGCCAGGCAGAGGAGACGAGGGCUUUAUUCCACCCUCAGCUCUCUGCAAGCCUGACCGUACAGGGAACUAGUACUUCAACAAAUGAGGGAGAUCUGGGAAUAUGAGCACGAGUCCGGAAAGAAGAGUCAAAAGUCGGAUAGUGGUACGCUGUCAGCAAGUCGUUUAAAACCUUUAGUUGCCUUGCUCUAAAAUUGCUCUCUGAGCGCUGAAUGUUAUCAUCUAAGAUUGUGUGGAUUUCUACUGAAAUGGUAUUCCCCCCUCCCCCCCCUGCACCCUAAAAUAAGCAAUGCAUCAUGUUCAUUCCUGUGGCCCCUAAUGUCUCAAAGCUGAUUAGGCUCAUUGGCAUCAACUCAAAGGUUGUACGCCACCAAGAAAGGCCCUAAUUUUAGAUAAAAUCAAUAUUUAAACAAUUUUGUACGUGCAAGCUGAAGGAACAAGAGCACAGUGGACCCCUGCUUAUUCAGAGAUUCUUUCUUUGUAAAGCAAAUCAAAAAAUAUUCGAACGGAUUGGAAAAAUGAAAUACCUUCACUUCCUUUAGUGCCGACCAGCUGUAAUCCCAAGAGCAGAGAUAAGAAUGUGGAUUUGUGUCUGCGGUAGUGCCAGGACUGUUUCCACUGAGUGUAUUGUUGCAUAUUAUGGUACAUUUGGUGUCUUAACUAGUAAAAUCGGCAGUUAAGCAUUUUUAGAGGGGGUCCCAAAUAUACAUUGAUCUCAGCUCCUGCAAAUACCAGGGGUCCACUGUCUAUUUAUGGAAGCAUGUCUGCAUUUGUAUAUUUUUUUUUUUUUUGUAUUUGUGCAGAUGAAUAAUGACAGCCUAUAAAGCUAAAUAAUUAUAUGGACAUAGCUAUACCAAAACAGAAAGACAUGAUUGUUUUUUUUUGUUGUUUAUUUGAAGAGCAGAAAAAUGGGUCUCUCGUUGUGGGCCCACAUGAUGAAA